AUGUAUCAAGCUUGUAUAAAGCUGAAAGUCAAGACGCGGGCCACUUCAUCGAUUGCUGGAGACAUCCCAACAAGAGGGCAGUUGUCCGAAGAAUCUUCGCCGUCCACCGGAGUGAGAUGUAUAUAUCAGGCCGCGAGCAAAGAUUUGAGAGAUAUUGUGCAAGAUCCCGCUCCCUCUCGAGACUCUUAUAUCACGGCACUACCCGGGCCUGUGACGUUGGCGAACAGAGGGGAGAUGGAAGGCUGCCGUGGUGCAACAUGCCAAACUGUGGCGUAUGCGGUUGAAGCUGUCUUGUUUGGGGAUGGCGGGAUAGUCAACUACCCAGAGACUGUAGUUUACCGAAAUGACGCCAUCAUUCCUGUGGCGGUCAUCAUGUAUGAAAAAUUCAAUUAG